GCAUUAGAGUUUCUGCUGCUGACGCUGCACCCUCUCCCACCACGCCCUCCUCCUUUUCUCAUCGUCUUUUCUCCUCCUUUUGGCAUCAUCUGCUCUCAUAUGAUCCGCUGCUGCUGUUGUGUUCCCUUUUAAUUCUCCUGGCGACCCCUCCCACCGCUGCAUGCAACCCGACCUGCAGGUGAGCAGUUCAGCUGCCGCUUCCUCCUUUUCUCUCUGACUCUCGGGAGGAGAACCUCGGUCAGGAGGACAGAAGAGGAACUCCAAAAAAAGCGCUUUAAGUUGUCUGGAGGAUAUUUGGAUGACCGUGCGGGACGCGGUCCUGCAUCGCGUCCGGAGAGCGCGUCUGGAUGUGAGGCUGAAGGCAGACGAGCUGCUGGUUUGAAGAGGCAGCGGUGUGGGCGUCAAGGUGAGCUGUCGGCUAUAUAAUGUAGGUUUUGUUUUGCUGCACUUAAAAUAAUGAAAAGCUGCUUUACAAGUGCUGCUAAUGUGUAGAAAUAGAAGAGAGUGGGUACAGCAGAAGAACGCUAAUAACACCGAGUUGUUGGUGUUGGUUAACAGAAUCAGUUCAGGACAUUUUACUCUAAGACUUGAAUAAAAAACAGAUAUUUUUACGUUUUUCUUCCCUCACCUUAUGAAUUUAAGUCUUCUUUUUUUUUUAACAGUAAAUAAAGUUGGUCUAAUUGAAACUGGACCUGGCAGGUUCUUCAUGAGUCUCUAACCAUUAUCUUCAGUUUUAUGAAAAGGGCUCAUUUAAAAACCCAAGUUUUAAUCAAAUGUAUCAUAACGAAGAAACUUAGCAAGAAAAAAGGAGGGAAACCACAUUUUGGGGGUAUCUUGCUCGAACUUUCUUACUCAUGUAGAGAUUAAAACAGAUAUUGUUCUGUUAAAUGACUGAUCCAGAGGUGAAGAUGAUGAAUGUGUUUAAUCUGUGGUUUUUAGAUUAACUUCUGAGCACUUUUAGAGACAAUACGUCACAUAAAUGAAGUGACCUCUUAAAAUUGAGGAUGUUAUUAAUAAAAAUAUGUAACUUUGCCUCAUAUACCCUGUGAAAUAUGAAUGAGAAGAGGUUGUAGGGCUGCGUAUUGUUUGGGAAAACUGAUAUUCUGAUAUUUGGGUAUUUCAAUGUGAGACAAAAACAUGUUUCUCUUACAUACAAACCUACGGACCCCUUUUGUUCUGAUCACACAGCUAAGUUGUUGACUUGGUCUGACUAAAAUCGCACUAAACUAGACUUGAUAAUCAGACUAACAUCCCUAGAUCGAUAUUCAGUACACACGCCUCCAUCGGACUGAGACUGGACUAAGUGUGCCAGACUUUGACCCAGACGUCGGGCAGCUGAAUGCACAACUAGGAAGCUGUGUUGUAAACAAAACCUCGACAGAAAAAAAUGACAGAUCUGUUAAGUUUAAGUGCAUCCUGUUAGUUUAAUAUUUAUAUGUUUGUUGAUUGUUUUGCUAUGUAGAUCGACCAGGAGACUCCUCAGUAGUAACGAGCAGAUUUUUGCCAAUAAAUCAAUUCUCAUCAAGCGCUAGUAGACAAUGAUUCAGAUUAAAUCACCUAAUGGAGCUGUAACUUUACUGUGCAUGGAAACACAUGAAGGUGUUGAUUCAGUUUUGAGGUGUUUUUGAAGAGAGAGCACCUGAUUACCGGGGAGCUAGUACCCUAAACCAUAACCCGAGUACCAUGCCUGCUCCUAAAUGACUUCACUGAACUUGGAGAGAUUUGGUAAAGCUGUAAAAAUAGACUGUCAGGGUCCAUCGCUCAUCAGCGUAUUAUUACUUUGACUAAACAGAUACAUCUAUUUAACCAUAUUAACAGACUGGGCAACAGCCUGAUUGUCACCACUUCACAAACAGCAACAGUCAGUGUGAUGAAAGACUGAGCGCCACCAAAACAGUCAGUAUGUUAACAUGUAUAAUUAAACCAGACUGUAGGUUAAAGCUCAGUUACAGGAUUCAACUGAACUCCUAUCACGUCAGUCUACAAGCACGGGUGAGAAUUGGCUUGUUGACAGAGUAUAUCCACUUCUAGGUGGCGAAAAUGACCCUUUUAAGUUCAUUAGACUGUCCCUGUCUCGGUCGACCGACGACCUCAUGUGCCAAAACAAUCAACAAACUGCCUCGUAAGAGGUUAACGGGUUGUAUACAGGGAUAACAGCUCUGUGCCUAUCAUGCGACAGUUUCGUCUUCUUUUACAUCUCUUCUUCUUCUUCUUCUGUUGAGGUUUUGUUUACUCUAGGUUCGUACGGUGCGUUUAGGCUGUUGAAUCAUCAGGUCAAAGUCUGACGUGCAAACUGUAGAGUAUGUGCAGAAAGCUCAGUCCAGUUUCAGUUUAAUUGAGACAAAAACAAGCAGGACAAAAUAAAAAAAUCCCAAAAUGCAAGGUAUGUUAGUCCAGCUAUGAGAAAUCUGAAUAUAUGUCUUUUAAUAGUUCAGUUUCAGUCAGAUAAACUCAAUGUACUGACUGUGUAAGAGCAGCCACAGUGUCCAGGCCUCCAUCCAACAACUGACACGGCAGGAUUAUCAGUAUGAAAGAAAUAACUGAUCAUUAAAAUACAUUAUCUUAGUUCGUCCUUGCAGUUUAGUGCAAAUGUUUUAACUGUGGUGAUGGAGAAAUACAACGUAUUGGAUGGCCAACAUAGUUAUAAAUCACUGCUGUUGAAAAAUAAACAGAUUAUAAGGUAAAAACUUCAAGAAAAAAAAAUCAAGAUCAGAAAAGGAUGGUGUUGGGAGUCAAAGCUGUAAGACAUCCACCAGGAUCAGAUUUGUUGGAGUAUGGAUUACAGACAUGUUCGGAUUAAGUUUCACUUGUUUGGUUUCUGUAGCAGUUGUUGUGCACGGAUGACGCUGCAGCCAUCACUGUUGUAUUUGAAUGUGGAUUAUGGUUUAUUUUUAGUGGCAUGCAUGUAAGGAUUUAAUCUGCACCACACUUUUAAAAUAGCUCCGCUGCGUUUUCUUACUUUUUUGAUUUGCUGCCUGUCUUGUUUAGAAAUGAUGUUUGAUUUUAACGAUAACCUGAUCACAGAUUUAAAGGCAUGUUUGAUGAAUUAAUUUAGAUGUCCUUCUUGUUUCCUCUGUUUCUCUGCUUCCAUUCAGUUAAUUAGAAGUCUCCGCCUUUGAGAGGUCAGUAAACCUGACAUGUUUACACCCAGCGAGACGGUAACCUGAGAUCCCGUCCUGUGGGAACACCAGGAUGCAUCCCACUGUGUUACACCUUUCAGGCAGGACGGGAGGGGGCAGACGUUGGAACCCCACCUCCACACUUCUGCUCUCUCUGUGUCUUGGCUUCCCGUCUUUUGUGGCGGCUUGCCCUCUGUACUGCCUGUGUGCCAGUGAUAUCAUUUCCUGCAGUGGUCGCAAUCUGUCCGUGCCGCACUUUGACCUCCCAAGCUAUGCCACACGGUUGGACCUGAGCCACAAUGCCCUCACUGCCCUGCCUGUCGACUGGAUUUCCCAACCGUUUGACGGGCUUGCUACCCUGAUUCUCAACAGGAACUACAUAAACCAAAUAGAAGUCAACGCUUUUGUUGUGACGCCACAUCUUCUCCAGCUGGACCUCUCCUUAAACAGACUUACAGUCCUGAACUCGUCCAUCUUCACUGGGCUGAAGGAACUGAAAGAACUGCUGCUGUUUGGCAACCAGAUCACCCAGAUUAACCCAGGGGCCUUCAGCAACCUCUACAGCCUAAAAAGGCUCUACUUCUCUGGGAACAGAUUGGAGGAUUUCCCUUUUAGUCUUUGGCAGGAACCUGAAGGACCUCGUAACCUGACCUUUCUGGAUCUUUCAAACAACAGGCUCUCGAAGGUUCCCGUUCAGAGCCUGCUGUCUCUCAGCCAGAAAAGCGGAAUUUAUUUGCAGGAAAAUCCUUUGCUGUGUGAUUGCGCUUUGCUAGCCUUGAUGGAGUACUGGAUGUGGAAGCAGUACCGCCCCAUGGUGGACUACAGGAGUGAAUUUCCAUGCAGAGACAAUGUGGGACAAGGGUCUAAAUGUAUCCAGCAGGUGGUGUCCAAUUUGCCCUUUGAGGAAAAGACUUAUCAAGUAGAGCCAGGAAAAUGGUUACGGGUGCCAUGUCCAGGGUUCGCUUCGCCAGUUCAGGAAGGGCAGGUGGUGUUCUGGGUCACCCCAAGAACUGUGGUGAAUUCUUCAACCAGUGAUCCAAAUUCUCGCUUAAAAGUUUUCCCCAAUGGCACCCUUGAAAUUCAGGGAGCAUCGAUGGAAGACUCUGGUAUAUUUGGGUGUGUUGCAGUGCGGGGACGCGACUACCAACCCACUGAGUAUCCAGAAAUCGGUGUGGUGGUUGGGAACUCGAGCGUUACCCCCUCCAGAGGCUUUACGCACCGAAGUGGUGCGGAGCACUUCAACACAGCGUUCACCACCCUGGCUUCCUGUGUGAUCAGCAUUGUCCUCGUGCUGCUCUACCUCUACCUCACUCCCUGUCGAUGCCGGGACAACCGAGGUGGUGGAGCAAGAAGGUGUGGUGGACGGGCCAUCAUCCUGUGUUCUGAUCCAAGAGAGGUGGAGUCAGAUCGGCGCACCAACGGAAAGAGGGUUGCGUUCCUGGAGCCUCAGACUGAGGACUUGACUGAUACCGGUAGCCCAAAACCACCAGCAUCGAACUUGGGUCAUGUUACCACAGAGGGGAUCCUCAAGAAUGGAAGUAGGACAGUGGGUCAGACCCUCACAGACCCUGCUCAAAUGGCAUAGCAGGGGUAGUUUUGCACAUUCCAGCUUUAUGAAGUCCGAACCCGUGACGUUUUUCACUGUUAGUACGCAAUGGACAAAUCCAUUUGAAGAGGAUUAGUUAAGUGUAAUUAUUGUAAAGUAGGUAGCUCUCUUGGGGUGGGUGUUUGGGUGUCUGAUGCAGAAAAUGCUGUCGUUUUGUAGGCUGAAUUUCAAUUAUGUCUUGUGUUUUUUAUAUGAAGCGUUCAUAUGGAGAUGUCCCUGUUAAUGAGGGAAAUUGUUACUGCAGAGAUCACAAGGAUCAUAUAUAUGUGGGUGGUGUUUUGAAUUACACUGGGAGGAAUAUUCACACAUAAUUUGAUAAACCGCCGGUGGCACUGAUGGUUAUUAUGCAGUCUGUAUAUUGUGAAUACUGCCAUCAAAGUAACCCCUGUUAUUUUUAACCAUCUGUGUCUGUGCUGUGUAGCCCAUCAUUGUCCAAAUGUUUCUGUUGUGUGUGAAAAUAUCUGACCUUCUAGGCUGUGCAGAUGAAACUGUGUCUGCUACAUUCCCAUUAAAUGUUUGAAUCAACUUUGUACCUGUAAAAGUUCCUUCCUAAAGAGCACAGGAAACAAUACAGGGUAAGAUAAAGACAUGCAUGCUGUAGUGUUAUAAGCAGUGGGAAAAUGUAGAUCCUCGCGUUAAGAUUUGGUGGAAAACCAUUAUAAAAGUCACUCAAAGUAUAAAAAAAUAAUCUGUGUCCUAAUAUUAUAAUAUUUAGUCAUGCAGAAAUUGGAUUUGUCAGGAUAAGGUUAGCAGUGGCAAGAGUAUGUCCGCCCAAAUCAGUGGGGAUGAAUUUAUAUACAGAACUGACUGGAUUUUAUGAGUUUUUCUCCGGAAACACAUUUUAAAAAUAAGCUUAUGUCCUAUUCAGGGAUAGCAAUUGAACCCUUUGAGGUUAGAAUAUCGUCGUGUUGACAAUAUCAGCUCUAAAAAUAGAAUAAAUAAUGAAGCCACUUAUUAUAAAAUCCACUGAGAUCCCAGAGUUCUGGCUCUAUGUUUCUGCCACAUCCACUUUUCUAUCGCGCAGAGGUAAUUUGUGACUAUGCUGGACUAUGCCACCAUCUUUAAGUCUAUUGACCAAUUAGAGGCUGUAUCUGAGAUCAGCUGACCCUUAUUUACUAUCAGGACAACUUUGGUGUCAGUGCACCAAUAGGGGAUGCCGCAAGGGGAUGCAGCCCUCGCACCUUUAAUCAGAUGCUUCUAUUUCACACAUGAUUAUUAAAUUUAAUAAAACUGUCAUUUCAUUUUAAGAUAAAGAAACUGUUAUUCUCGAAACGUUAAAAUAAUCUUUUAUUUAACUACAGCUGUUAGUUUUGUGGAAACACUGGAUUCAGACAUUUAUAAAGAUAGCUGAGACGGACCAAAUUUGGCGCCCCCGUGUGGACAAAGCAGUCUUUCCUCAUCUCCUCUACUUGUUUCACUUGUGACCCUUGACAAUAAAAUCUCACCCUGCUGAGUUUUCACAGUCGACUGUAUCAUUUAUUGUGAGUAUUUUACAUAGUUAUUGUAAAAUCUGCUGUUUUUGCUGCUGCUCAGCCGACACCUACCCCCUCCCACAGUUUUCAGGCAUUAAAAAUCGGGAUGUUAAAAUGAUCAAUCUUGUUGCUGAUGGUUUUGUCUGCUUUCAGUUAUAAUAAAAAGGCCGCAAUAUAAA